UGGAUUUUGUGCUGGUUUGAGUAUUCGAGGUGUUAGUUACAGUACAUGAUCUUGUUCAAAGUAAUACUAUCGUAUCUGUAUAUAGACGUAUCUUGCAAUGUGAAUUUAAGUAAACAAUGAUGAAAAAGCUUUCAAAUAAUGAUAUGAUAUGUUUACUCAAAUAUGCAAGGUCUUCGUAGUUAAUUACGUUGGUCAUAUAAAAUUCAUUUGUAUUUCCUAAAUAUGUUAAACGAAAUUACUGAUUAAAUUUUUUUUAUAACAUUAAGAUUUCGAGCAUUUGUUUUGCUUUAAAUUGGAUCAGGAAACCUGUUAAUUGAUCUCUGUAGAAUGAAUUAAAGCCAAGCAAUUGCUCUCCGAAGUAAACUUUGUCUUAUUAAAGUAAUUUUUUGAUAUUACGAUAUUUAGCUCGUCGAUCUGUAUUAACAUCAUGGAGCAGGCAGAGGAAUUUGAAACUGUCUAUUUUGUGACUGAGGAAGAAAUUUCAACUAGUUAUAUCGUAAAUGAUAAUGAUGAGCAGGUAAUAGUCCUUAACGAAGAUUGUUCAAUUGUAAUAAAUGAAGAUGGUUCUUUUAUUCAGAAUGAGAAUACAACAACGGAAAUUAAGGAUGAGAAUAUGAAUGAAGAUAGCCAAAUUCCAGAUAUUAAAGCUGAAAUAAAUAAGGAAAAUUCUAUAGAAGUAAAAGCCAAUAAUGAAGAAUUAGCGACAGUAGAACAAGAUUCUUCAGUUAUUGAACAAACUAAUUUAAAUGAUAACUGUAAUGAAAAUACACAAUUGGUGAACCAUGAUGAAAGCUCUGUCAUGGAUCAUGAUGAUAGUUCUAUUAGUUGUGAUAAUACUGCAAUGGAUGAAAAUACAACAGGAGAUGGUGAAUUAAAUUCUAUUCAGAAUGAGGUUGUUUGCUUGGAGCCAGAAGGUGUUGUUGAUAAAUUAACAUGUCCAUAUUGUUUUAAACAAUUCACAAAGACAGGCAAUAAGAUGAGGCAUGUCAGACAAGUUCAUAAAAUUAAAAAGCAAAUUGGAACUUAUAUCCGGUGCAUAGAAUGCAACACAAGUUAUAAACAUGUUCAAAAGCUUCGUGACCAUUUAAAAUCAUUUCAUAAAUUAAAUAUGGAUGAAGAGGAAUUGCAUUUUCCUAACAUGACUGCGUUUAAAAAGUGGAAGCAUGAUAUAGAACGGAAAGAGUUGACAUCAUAUACUUUGCGACAUGGAGCUAGGAAAACAAGUACUGGUUUGAAAUUCUUCUAUGUUUGUCACCGUUCUGGAAAAUAUGCUUCAAGAGUAACUGGUCCAAGACAGAGAAUGCUUAAGACUCCUGGAACUUGCAAGCUUGGAAUAGUAUGCACAGCUGCUAUAUAUUGCGAAGAAUGUCCAGAUAGUGUGAUUGUAAGGUAUUGUCCACAUCACUAUGGCCAUGGAAAGGAAACCUCUUUUGUACAGUUGUCUGUUGAAGAGCAAGCUGCUAUACAAGAUAACAUAUCAAAAGGUAUUCCAUUUGAAAGCCUAUUGGAUGAUAUUAGAGACAGCCAAUCUUCAACAGAUCAUUUCCAACUGUAUCUUUUAAAGAAGAGAGACGUUCGUUUCAUCAAUAAUGCUUACGCUACUGAUGAAUAUAAUCCAGGAUUGAGUGAUGCAGAAAGUGUUGAUCAGUGGGUUCGUUUGUGCUGUCAGAUGGAAGAUUCUCCUAUACUUUUCUACAGACAAGAAGAUAUUGGAAGUACAGAAGAAGAUUUCUUACUCAUCAUAAUGACAGAGUUCCAAAAACAAAUUUUGAUGUCAUCUGCUAAGCAAGUUGUAUGUGUUGAUUCAUUGUAUCGUAGGAAAGGUGGUCGCUUUUACCUCACUGUUCUGUUUAUUAUGGAUGAAUAUGAAAUUGCCUUUCCAGUAGCCUUCUGUAUCAGUAAUAAAGUGGACAAACCUGUCAUAUGGCAGUUCCUCACAUCAAUCAAAGAAUCCACUGGACCUCUGUCUUGUACAUAUUUUAUGUCAGACAGUGAAUCUUUUUAUUUUGAGGCAUGGAAGGAGGUCAUGGAAGAUGAAUCUAAAUGGCUUUGGAGUAUGUGGUAUGUAGACAACAGAAUUCGAGUUCAAUUGCGUGUAUUUAGAGGCAAUAUUGUGAAAAGAGCUGAGGCUUACAAAACUAUGAGAACUCUUUUAGAAUGUCAAAAUAAAAAUGUUUUUGAUUCCAUGUUCAAGAAUUACAUUGAAACUCUCCAGUCUGACCCUCAAUCUAGAAACCUGGGAAAUUUUAUCAUGCAAAAAUAUGGCAGUAAUGCUGAAAUGUGGGCGUAUUGCUAUCGCAAGGACAUUCCACUUAGUACAAACAUUCACUUAGAAGUCAUGCAUCGGACCUUUCGAUAUUGCUGCAGAGAAGGUAGGAAAAAGCGCUUAGACAAAUUCAUUUUUGUCAUAAUGAAAUUGGUACGAUAUAAAAUGUUGGAUCGUUUGAGUAAUAUGCUAGAUGAUGAAAAGAUUGAAUUGGCAAUUGAAGCUAUUAAUAUGUGCCAUCAUGUUGGCUUAGAAAUCCCAAGUGAACAUAUUUCUUCUUUGUCUGAUAAAAUAUGGCUUAUUCGAUCAGAAGAAGAGGAACAGAGUAUAUAUGUGAUGAGAGAAUUUGAGACGUGCCCAGAACAUUGUAAUUUAAGAUGUAGUGAAUGUGAUAUUUGUGUGCACAUGUAUACUUGCAGUUGCAUACACAGUAUGAUCAAUGCUAAUCUUUGCCAACACAUUCAUGCAGUUGUUUGGAAAUUCCUAACUCCUCAUUUUUCUCCACCAGCUUCUCCAAUUCAAGAAGAUAUAAAAGAGCAGGAGAAUAUUGAUGUUUCAGACAUUCCUGAUAAAUGUCCUGAACUUUUUGAUAAAGUCCUGAAGCAAACUCAUGAUGUGUACAAAAAAGUCAGAGCAAAUAAAUGUAACUUACCAAAAGAUUCACUUACUGCAGUUAUGAAAAGGCUAAAUGAAUGCAUUGAUAUUUGCAAUGGAAAAAAAGUCACUGAGCCUGUGGUUAAUAACUCUCCUCAAAAAGACAAUCCAGUUUAUGUUAUUAAUCCUUAUACAAAAAAAGAAAAUUCUCAAUCUGUCUUAUAUCCAAGUAAUUUUCCUGUUAUUUUACCAAAUAAUAGUAAAGGCCUAUCUCAAUAUGUACUUGUAAUACCAAAUAAUGGAACGACUAAUGUUUUGGCUAAUAAUAUCCCUAUUCGUCGUUGAAUAUUAUUAAAUUUUCUUUGUAUGUGUUAAUUCAAUUUCAUGAUUAAAGUUCAUGUAAUUGUCUUUGUUAAUCAAAAUUGAGUUUUUUACAGACAAUUAAUAUCAAGAGACUAAAAAAAGUCAUACACAAUACUUCAAAACAUUUUCACUUGCAUAUUAUUUUAUAGAAAAGAAAUGAACUGAAACACAUUG